AGGCCCGCGAGGCAGAUCCCCUCCCCCUCUCUUUGCUUUGCUUCAUCUCUUCUUCCCACGGCAACUGGCAACAAAUUGAUUCGCCCAACUCUUUCCCCCGCCCGAAGAAAGGAAACGAAGGCGGCGGCCGGCGAGGUAACCGGCGAGCUCGGCUAUGGGGGACAGCCAGUACUCCUUCUCUCUUACCACCUUCAGCCCGUCGGGGAAGCUGGUGCAGAUCGAGCACGCCCUGACGGCGGUGGGCUCCGGGCAAACCUCCCUGGGGAUCAAAGCUUCUAAUGGAGUUGUUAUUGCCACUGAGAAGAAAUUACCUUCUAUUUUAGUGGAUGAAACAUCUGUGCAAAAGAUUCAAGCAUUGACUCCAAAUAUUGGAGUUGUUUACAGUGGGAUGGGUCCGGAUUUCCGUGUUCUAAUGAGGAAAAGCCGGAAACAAGCACAACAGUAUUACCGGUUGUAUAAGGAAACUAUACCUGUUACACAACUUGUCAGAGAAACAGCUGCUGUUAUGCAGGAGUUCACACAGUCUGGCGGUGUAAGACCAUUUGGUGUAUCUUUGUUGAUUGCUGGGUAUGAUGACAAUGGCCCGCAGUUGUACCAGGUAGACCCUUCAGGAUCAUACUUCUCCUGGAAAGCAUCAGCUAUGGGGAAAAAUGUGUCCAAUGCAAAGACAUUUCUUGAGAAGAGGUACACAGAAGAUAUGGAGCUUGAUGAUGCCAUACAUACUGCAAUUUUGACUUUGAAAGAAGGAUACGAAGGGCAGAUCUCUUCCAACAAUAUUGAGAUCGGGAUCAUUCGCUCUGACUGUGAGUUCAGGGUUCUGAGCCCCGCAGAGAUCAAGGAUUUUCUGGAAGAGGUGGAGUAAGCUGCCCCUCAACGAUUUGCGAGUUUCAGAAACGAGAGAAGCAUAAAUUCAAGUGGCCGGGUCCAAGCCCCACGAAGUUUUUCAGAUCCUUUAGUUUUAUUAUUUUUCAAUCUUUGAACAGACUGUCUGCAGUAGGGACAUUCAGUGGCGAAGCUAGAGGAGAAUGGAGGGGGGUGCGCUAUUACCUAUUACUGUACUAAAAGUAUGGCUAUGCAUAUGAUUUCAUAUGUUUUUUUCUAAACAAGCAUUCAUUUAGUUUGAACUUAA